AUGGCUUCAAACUCUCUCAACAAUGGCGACAAAGAAGAUUCUUCAUCUUGGACAAGAUGGCAGAACAAAAAGUUUGAAAACGCAUUAGCAUUGUAUGAUAAAGACACCCCAGAUCGAUGGCAAAAUAUAGCCAAAGAAGUUGGUGAUAAAUCAGUGGAGGAAGUGAAGAAACACUAUGCAAUUCUUUUAGAAGAUAUUCAUAAUAUAGAGUCAGGGCAUUUUCCAAUUCCCGAUUACAAGUCCUCACUUGGUGAUGAUGCACAUAAAAAGGUUCCAACAAAGAAUUCAGAUCAAGGCAAUUCCAAGAGCACAAGUUAA